UGUUUGAAUAGCUUCAGUGAUCUCUCAAACCGUUUGGCAAAAAGUUUAAUUAACUUUAAGUUUAAUUAAAAAUAGUUUAAUUAAUUAAAUUAAACCAAAAAAUAAUAAUGGUUAAAACAAACGAUGACAAUCUAUCGCUGGUUAUACACAAAAAGGGUGACUUACGGUUAGAGCAGACACCCAUUCCCACCAAUUUGGGACCAAAUGAUGUGUUGUGCAAAACCCAUUCGUGCGGCAUAUGUGGCACUGAUAUCCACUAUUGGGUGCACGGAUUUAUGAGCAGUUUUGUGGUCAAAGAACCGCUAAUACUUGGCCACGAGGUGAGCGCACUGGUCGAUCAGGUUGGGUCCAAUGUCACCCACUUGAAGCCUGGCGAUCGGGUGGCCAUAGAGCCGGCCCUACCCUGUCGUAUGUGCCAUCACUGUAAGGAGGGAAUGUACAAUCACUGCCCGGUGUCCAACACUCAGGUCAAGGGGUCGCCGCAGUUUGACGGUAUGCUCACACGCUAUUUCGAGCACCCGGCUGAUUUUUGUUUCAAACUCCCGGACAACGUGUCGUGGGAAGAGGGAGCUAUGGUUGAGCCCCUGGCGGUGGCCGUACACGCCGUACGCCGAGUAAACCUAACCCUCGGCCAAACGGUGCUCGUGUGCGGCGCCGGCACUAUGGGUAUGAUGUGUUUGGCGGCGGCCAAAGCGCACGGAGCCUCCCGUGUUGUCAUGACAGAUAUCAAUGAGUUUCGGCUAAAAGUGGCCAAAGAGUUGGGCGCCGACCAAACCAUUCACAUCGAUCUGAAGUCAUUCAAUGUGGAGACAUAUGUGGCCAAAGUGAAGGAGGCGUUGGGCGGCCAGGGGGCUAAUGUGACCUUCGAGUGCACGGGCAACGAGGGCAGCACCAAAGUGGCCAUCUAUGCCACCAAUAAUGGCGGCAAAGUGGCGCUCGUGGGUCUGGGCCCGCUCGAGGUGAGCGCCCCGUUGGUCAACGCGUCGCUCCGGGAGGUGGACAUCAUCGGAGUGUGUCGUUUCCGUAACUGUUACCCGAUGGCCAUCUAUUUGCUAGAGAAGGGUCUCGUGAAUCUGAAACCACUGGUCACUCAUAAGUAUCCAUUGGAGCGAUCGCUGGACGCGUUCAACAAGAUGUUAGAGCCCAACAACAAUGCCAUCAAAGUUCUCAUUCAAUGCAAUAAAGACUUUAAUUAAACGGAUAUGAAAAUCAAUGCUAACAUA